UGUAAAUUUACUAAAAUCAUUCUGUUUAUACUUCAAAUGGCUAAGUUUCAAGUUAUACAAAUUAUACCUGUAAAAAUCUGUGGAAACAUCCCAUCCUCCCACACCAGUGAACUUAAACAGUUCUGAGUUUAUUGAGAGUAUUUUCUACAUUCUGUGCCUGGCUGACCAGUAUCACAUCUGACACUUGUUAAUGGACACUAAAGAUUAAAUGUGCUUCACUACCCUCAUGACGGACACGAUGUGUUCAUUGUCAGGACUGGUUCUGAAAGGAAAGGUCCAAGUCCAGGGCUGCAGGCCUUCCUGGCUGCCUUCCAGGGAGAGAGGCUGGAAUGAGCUUUGCCCUGGGGUGAUGGUCCCUGUCACUGAUUAACCAGCCCUGUUGGAAGGCUGCACCACCAGCACUCCCCACACAAAGACACCUGGCCGAGUCCUGGGCGGCAGAAAAAAUGUCCACCCGCUAUCACCAAGCAGCAAGUGACAGCUACCUGGAACUUCUGAAGGAGGCCACCAAGCGUGAUCUGAAUCUCUCAGAUGACGAUGGCAUGACACCCACUCUCCUGGCAGCCUACCACGGCAACCUGGAGGCCUUGGAGAUAAUCUGCAGCAGAGGUGGGGAUCCUGAUAAGUGCGACAUCUGGGGAAAUACUCCUCUACAUUAUGCAGCCUCCAAUGGCCACACCCACUGCAUCUCGUUUCUAGUCAACUUUGGUGCCAACAUCUUUGCCCUAGAUAAUGACCUGAAGUCCCCAUUGGACGCUGCUGCCAGCAGGGAGCAGAAGGAAUGUGUUGCUCUCCUGGAUAAGGCUGCUACCAUACAGAACACCACGAACCCCAAGAAGGUCACCCGACUGAAGGAGCAGGCUCUGAGGAAUGCCAGGAGGCAGAUGAAAGAAUGCGAGCGACUUCAGGAGAAGCACCAAAACAAGAUGGCCCGCUCCUACAGCAAGGAGGACUCGGGGACUCUUUCUUCUUUCCAUGGCACCUUCCCCAGCUCAUCGCUUUCCAAGGCUUCUGCUGGUGGAUUUGGGUCACUGUCUAAAGGCAUCAAAGACACCUUUAAGAUAAAAUUUAAGAAGAACAAAGAUACCGCAGAGCAGGUGGAGAAGGGAGGCAGGAAUGGGCAGAGGCAUGUAAUGGAAGUGUUCAGAGAGGAGGAAGAAGACUCAUUUCCAGAGGACGUCAGAGAGAAGCUCCAGUUGUCAGCAGAGAAAGCCAGGGAUGUACAACAUGAGUCUAUUCUCAACCGCCCAGGGCUAGGGAGUAUUGUUUUUAGAAGGAACAGAGUACUGGACCUUGAGGACAUCACAGACAGCAAGAGAGAGUCGGGGUUUAAAAUACUCAGUGAGUUGUUCCAAAGACCAGGAGCAGCUGAUGAAGAGGAGGAUGAAGAGGGGGAGGCAAACAGUACUGCAGGCGACCUUCCUUGGGACGAAGAAGUAGAAUGGGAGGAGGACGUGGUGGAUGCCACCCCGCUGGAAGUGUUCUUGCAGUCUCAGCAACUAGAGGAAUUCCUUCCCAUGUUCAUGAGAGAGCAGAUGGACCUAGAAGCCCUGCUGCUUUGCUCUGACGAGGACCUUCAGAAUAUCCACAUGCAGCUGGGCCCCAGAAAGAAAGUCCUCAAUGCCAUAGACAAGAGGAAGCAGGCACUCCAGCAGCCUGGGCAGCUGGUGGACACCAGCCUCUGAUGGAGGCCACUGGUGAGCAGGGUGACCUGAGCAUGUGGUCAUGCUGAGUUCCCUUGGGAGGACCACAGGAAGCACCCUGGACCUGAUCUUUGUCCAGUGAAAGACCUCUGUGUAUAGGUGUUAAGGUUUUAGAGAGGACUCUCAAAACAGAGGCCCAGACUCUGGGAGAUAGUCUGUAUUCAAGUAAACCAUCAGUUAAAAAAUAAAAGCCAGGAGACCUUGGAACAAGAAAACUGUGUUUCUCUUCAUGAGUUUGCAGUCUGUCUAGACCAAAGGCUCUCACUGAUCUAAAGUGCAAAGCCCAACUUAAAUGGAUCUAAUCUUUUAACAGAUAUUUACAAGCAACAGGGUUGGGUUUAUAGUAUUCCUGUUUAAGAAUAGGAGAGUGUAGCAGGUGUGGGGGGGAUGACAGAAAGAAAAUGUGGGGUGCCUAUUGUGGAAUGAUUUUCUAAAGUUUAUGUAUGGAAACCCUAACCUCUGAGUAUUUUUGGAACUAGUACUUUAAAGAGGUGAUUAAGGUUAUGUGAGGUUAUAAGGGUGGGCUCUUAAUUCCAUGUGACUUAAAAGAAAAGGAAGAUAAAUCAAGGGUGUGCUCACAUAGGAAGAAAAGAGAACAACAGGAAGGCAGCUAGCGUCAAUCAGCCAAUGAGAGCACCCCACCCCUUACCUCCCAGGAAAAUCAAACUUGACAAUAGUUUGGACUUCCAGUCCUCUGAGAUUUGAAAAGUCAGUUUCUGUUGUUUGAGCCAUUCUGCCUGCAGGGUUUUGUUAUGGCAGCCUGGGCUGACA